AUGAGAAAACAAAGAGAUCUCAGUCAGAAACGGCGCCGUUUGUGGUUUGCAGCUGUCAAUCGGGAGGAUCUUGCAUUCAAGGAUACCAAAUACAUGCGUGUGUGCAGCGAUCAUUUUGUUGGUGGUUCUCCUUCGGCCUUGUAUCAGGACACCCAUCCCGAUUGGAUACCAACUUUGAAACUUGGCUAUGGCAAGGCUGACAAUGACAACAAGGGUUCUCGUUUCUCCCGUCUGCAGGAGCGCAAGGAAGCAUCAAGACUCCGGAACCUGCGGUUUGAUCUUGAAGUUGAAGAGGAACUUUGUGAGGCAGAAUCAGACACUGAACCAGUAGAUCAAGAGCAUGAUAUUACACCCGAACAGGAACUUAAAAGUUGCAAAAUUGAAAUUGACAUUCUUAAGUCAGAAAAUGAAUCUUUAAAACAUGAGAAUAAUCUACUUAAGAAGAUAGUUCAUAAAAUGAAAGCAAAUAAUACUGAAGACUUUGAAGGUGAUGAUGAUAAAGUACGAUAUUAUACUGGUCUGCCUUCGUUUGUAACACUAAUUGCAUUGUUCAAUCUUGUAUCAUAUGGAAUUUGUCAGUCUUCACAUUCAUCUCUGACAAAGUUUCAAAAGUUAAUUAUUACAUUAAUGAGACUCAGACUGAAUUUACCCACUCUUGACCUAAGUUACAGGUUUGGUGUCAGCAAAGCUACAAUUUCAGGACAUUUAAUCAGGUUAUGGAUGUCUUGUACAUCAACUUAA